CAAGGCGCCGUCCAAGUUCCUGAGCGUGGAGUCCCUGAUCGCGUCGGACAGCCCGUCGCGGGCGCCGGCCGACGGCGAGGACGACGUGGCCGGCAGCAUGGGCGGCGACGCGUGCCCGCCCGACGACGACGACACCAUCCACGCCCUGCUGCAGCCCAGCAAGCAGAAGCAGCGCAACUACAAGAACAUGACGCGGGAGCGGCGCAUCGAGGCCAACGCGCGCGAGCGCAACCGCGUCCACACCAUCAGCGCCGCCUUCGAGAAGCUGCGCACGUCGGUGCCGGCCUACAGCCACAACCAGAAGCUGUCCAAGCUGUCGGUGCUGAGAAUAGCGUGCUCGUACAUCCUGUCGCUGUCGCGCCUCGCCGGCCACGACUACAGCGCGGGCGGCACCGAGCCCUCGUUCAGCGAGUGCGUCGACCUGACGACGCGGACCAUCCAGGUGGAGGGCAAGGCCAAGAAGAAGCGGGACGAGUAG